UCAGAGUUCACCAGAGCGUCGUUGAAGCUGAUGAAUCCGUCUGCCAGAUAGCGUGAUGCUACCAGCUUGAACGUAGGCUUUUGUCAAGUAGCCGUUGACGAUGCGAGACUUCACUCGGGCCCGCAUGUGUCCAGAGUUCUCCGCUACCUAUUCAUCACGUCAAGGCAUCAGGACAGCGCAGAGAAGUGGAAAGCCCACAGAAGCUCCCCAACGCGCUGUACCCGGACUCCGGAGGGUACGGCUUUUGGGGAACUUACAACGCGCUCCUGUUCCAGCCGACGCCGCGCGCCCAUCUAUAUCUGCGCACCCUGUACAUCAAGAGCUACCAAGAGAACCAGAGGUUCUCAGCGUUUUUCGUGCGUCUCUUCUAUCCGAUUGCUUGCCACAUUCCACAUAACCAGUCGUGCCACACAUGUGCCCCCUGCGCGCAGGCCUAGGACGUAUCCAGCGUCUUCGGCGACAUCGUAGGAAUCUAGCUGCGG